UUUCCUGCGGGUCACGUGGCGGGGGCCCCGGCGUUGCCUUGGCAGCGCGGCGGCGGCGGCUCCGCUCCGCUCCCGGGGCUCCGCGCCAAACGAGGCAGGAGCGUGUUUCCUGAUAACUCCCCCCCCCGUGCAGCUAAGCGGCUGGGCAGUGCCACCAGAAUAAAAGCCCACGGAGGUGAAGGUGCUGUGAGGAGGUGAAGGUGCUGUGCGUGGAGCUGCUCUCCUCGGGUCUCGCCGCCCGGCCCCUCCAUGCCCGCGGCCACCAAGACGACUGAGUUAGCUGCUUUCAGAUGUUUGUUGGAGCUGAGAAGUCCUUGCCCAAAACAUAAAGUCUGUUUCGUAUCUGCAGAUGAUGCGGAGAUAGUGAGCCAGUCGGCAGCAGCGUGGCACUUCUCUCAUGAUGAGUUCUGAAUUAAACGUUCCGGUGGACCCUUCCACUCCCGCUUGCUGCUCUGAACCUGGCACCAAAGGCAUGGAUUAUCGGGACUGGGUGCGCCGCAGCUACCUGGAGCUGGUGACAUCGAACCACCACUCCGUCCAGGCCCUGUCGUGGAGGAAGCUGUACCUGAGCCGAGCCAAGCUGAAAGCUUCCAGCAGAACCUCUGCGCUGCUCUCUGGAUUUGCGAUGGUUGCCAUGGUGGAGGUGCAGCUGGAGAUGCAGUACAAGUACCCCCAGAUGCUGCUGAUCGCCUUCAGUGCCUGCACGACGGUGCUCGUGGCAGUCCAUCUCUUCGCUCUUCUCAUCAGCACCUGCAUUCUGCCGAACGUGGAAGCAGUGAGCAACAUCCACAACCUGAACUCCAUCAGCGAAUCCCCCCACGAGCGCAUGCAUCCCUACAUCGAGCUGGCGUGGGGCUUCUCCACGGUUCUGGGAAUCCUCCUUUUCCUCGCAGAAGUGGUGCUUCUGUGCUGGAUAAAAUUUCUGCCUGUGGACUCCAUCCUGAAAAAUGAAACCACCACCAUCCAGAAGCCCAGCGGCCACGCGGGUUGGCAAGCAGCGCUGGUCUCCACCAUCAUCAUGGUCCCCGUGGGGCUGAUUUUUGUUGUCUUCACCAUUCACUUCUACCGCUCCUUGGUGCGGCACAAAACGGAGCGCCACAACCGGGAGAUCGAGGAGCUCCACAAACUGAAAGUGCAGUUAGACGGGCAUGACAGAGGCAUGCAGGUAGUGUGACAGAGGCUGAGAGCAAAAUUCCCGUUCUGCUAGUUGGUGGGACACACCAGCGAUGGAUUGUCCUGAGGCUUAAAUAUGUAAAUGCUAAUUGCCUGCCAUAUUUAGCUGUGGGUUCUAGUGCUGUUUCAGAUGCUGGGGUCUCUGGUCCUACACACUUCUGUACUUAAGUAGACACUGCCGUGGAGUUCGAGGUCAAGUCUUGAUCUACAUUGGUACAAGUAGCCAAAAAUCUGCUCUUUUUUUUCUUUUUUUUUUUUUAACAAAUGCAACAUUCAGUUGUCAAAAGUAAAACUGCAUCAGCUGUCCAAAAAGGCUGUGUGUGUGUGGAACCUGUCUUACGUGUCAGAACUCCCUGGCUGUCAGUGCAGCAGCAAUUAAUUGGCAGUUUAUUUCUAGAGCUGUGCUGGUUAACGAGGGUAUCUGCUUCCAACCUGAGGACCUCCAGGAAAGCACAAUAGAAACCGAGUGUUCAUCACCUCAGUUCUAAAGCAAGCGUUCCAUAAGUACGUAACCAGGAAGAAACCAGCCUUAGCUUUUAUGUUCUGUUCUUGCUAUUCCUUACUAUAUUUUUAUGUCUGGGGAGGUCGAAUCCCUAAUUGCAGGGGACUGAGGAGUUCCGUUGUAAUUUCUUCAGCAGCGUCUGUCACUCUAGAUUGAAUGAAUGCCAAGAUCAUGUGCUUUUUUUUUUUUUUUUCCAGUAAGAAACAAGAGUACCCAGGGAAGGCUUACAGGUGUUUUAGUUUUAACAAGGACAUUCUUAAAACAGAACAGUGACAGGGAAUUUAAUGAGACAAAAUUUUGAAGGACUAGAAAAGCAAGUUUCAAGGAGGUAAAGAGUGACAGCAGGCUGUAGAAAUCUGUCCCUGUGUUGUCUUCAGUUAUGUACCGUUGCAAUGUCUUUCUCCUGGCUUGCUGUAGAGAACAAGCCCCAGUCCUGCAUUUUUCAUCAGUGUUUGUCAGCAGUACGUUCACCUGUCCAAACGGAAUGCUUUCUUCUCCCUCCACCAAAGCAGGCAGCUCCUCUGGGGGAACCUGGAGCUGCACAGGCGAGUCUGGAGCUGGAUCCGGCAGGAGAUCUGUGUGCCAUUGAAGAGCUAUCACGUUUCACUUGAGCUGACUCCUUUUCAGCAGCAGAAAAAAAGACACUUGCACGUCUGCUUUGCUUAGCAGGGGAAGCUUGUGAAUACUAUAGCAUCCUUUUGGGGGAAAACUUCUGUAAAACUUGUUUUAUGAUUUGUGGUAACCUUGUGGAGAGAAGUGCUUUGCAAUCAUCAGCUCUUUGAAGGGCAAGUAAGGCUUUCUGGUACAGGGCUGCAAGAAGCAUAAGCGCAUUUUCUUAGCCCUGAUCCUUUGCCGAUUUCCUGCUCUGCACUCAAACAUUGCAGUUAGGCUCCCAGGCUGUGUAGGUUUCUGAAAUUGUUACGGAUGUUUGUAAUGUUCUAUUUAUCUAUGGUCCCUUAUUCCACUGGGAUUUGAGAAAUCUGAUGGCAGCAUAUUACAUGUCAGCUGCCCAGAGUGGAGAGUACACACAAAUCCCAGUGAGACUAUCCCUGUAUUUCUCUCUGACGAGGGCCUUGGGAACCCAACUCCAAUUUCUCUUGUUUACAUGCAAGUUUGAGCAUUGCUGAACGAGUUGCUUAGCACUGUGUCUGUGCCUUUCAUCUGUUGUUCUUGCCGCAGUUGGCAUGUACCAUAUUGGCUCAUGUGCAGCAAAGAAAAUAGUUUGUGUGUGUGAAAUGACUAGCCUGUACUUAUGCACAUAUGCAAAAAAUGAGGAGUGUCCUCCAGGAAGUGGGUGGUCAUGAAAUUCAUACCAUCUCCCCAGGAGCCUGCCCUCUCUUCCUCCUCUUCUUACCAAAAUAAAAAAUUAAAGGUUUACGGAACAAAAUCAGAGUUGAGUUUUCUGCCAAGUAUUACACGCGUAGGCUCUUCUACCAACAGAAUUUCUAUUGUGAGGCCAGAGCCAGGCCAGAUAGGAUGAAUUUCUUAUCUGAGCUUUGUGCUUUCCUUUAACGUCAGUAAGAAUAGGGCUCUGUGUGCACUGUGGAGCCCACGGGGCUUGAAAUUAGUUGUGGAGGGAAGUAUCUUGCCAUUUUUUUGUAGUAAAGAGUCAUCAAAUUUCACAGCAUGUACGUGAUGCUGUGACAGCAAUGUGGCUCAUUUGGAAACAGCCAAGUCGUCCAUUUCUUUGCAAAUAAACUUCAGCAAAUGGAGAAAUGCAGCAGAGACUGUGCUUGGACUUCGUAGAACAAUUAGAGGCUUUGGUGGGACUAGGUUCAAAGUAGUCUCAAGGCAGUGAGCAGUGACUGGAGAGGGAUCGCCUUACUCCAGCAGGGAGUCUGAGAGGGUUUCCCAUGGGUGAAUACGCUUAAAUCAGCGUAAUCGUGUGCUUGGCCAGCUCUGCUCCCAGCUUUGCUUUUUGUAUCUCUCGUGGGAGUAUUUUUGCUCCUUGGUGUCUGGGAUCUCUCCAGGUAACCCAUCUAACCCAUCACUUCGUGCUGCAGCCCCUCUCGUUCUUCCUUCCCAACAAGAGUGCUUUUUUCUCUUGCCUCUUCCUCUAACAUUUGUACAUGUUCACUGCUGUUGGGUCCAGACUUGUGUUGCAGUAAGUUCACCCGUGGUAUCAGCAAGCAACAGAAACUUAAUCCACGAAGGAGUGGGGAUGCUGUACUUGUCCAGACAGGAGUUUGCUAUGAUGCCAGAAAAUCCUCCUUGCUUCUGCUGAUAUCCCUGUGGUUGGCAGCAGGAUUCCCAGCAGUUAAGCAUGGGGAUGCUUUUCUUUUGGCAGCACCACGUCUUGUCUCGUGUCUGCUGCCAGUGCCUGGCCUCGGGCACCUUGACACUUGUGUCCCUGUGGUUCCUGGGGUAUCUGUUGCUUUUGGGGUCUUCCGGCCUUGGAUCAGCUCCGUGCCCUGGGAGGGUGAUUUUGUUCGGGCAAGGCAGGUGUGGGUUCCUCUCUCCUCUCCUCAGCAGGGGUCAGGACUGGGCACGAGUGCAGGAGGGAGCUGGGGAUGCCCGGGGCAGAGCCGGGUUCGCCCUUUGGCUGGGGUUGGUGGCAGCUCCUGCCCCCUGAGCUCCCUGUGUUUCACACUGCUCCCAGCCUGUCCCUUGUUGCGGUGGGCAGCAGGAGGCCUCGUCACCACAGGGGACGAGGCUGACGUUAGAUCUUAUCGCCUGGGCAUGAUCCGCCUGACGAUGGAGGCGAUACUGCAGGAGAGGCCUGGGGUGGAGCACGCCGCGGUAAGCACUCAAGUACCUGGAAGUGUUUGUAGAGGGCUGGUGGUGCGGGUGCAGCAGGGGACUGUCCCCGGUGUUCCUGAUGCCAGGAGAGCAAGGGCAGCUUGCCGUGGGGCCAGUGGUGGCUGGGGUGUGGACUCUGCCUGGGGAUCGGGGUGCCUGGCCAGCUGCAGGACUGGCUGCUCACACUACGUGCUCUCCUCUUGCCUUUCCAUGGCUUUACGUGGGUUUUCGCCCUGUCCCUCCUCUUCUUUCCCUUCCAUAAACAAACAGAAAGCCUUCAGGAUUCCCUCCUUUCAUAGCUUCGUUAUCUUCCAACUCGUGCAGCUUCCUCAAUAACCUCCCCCAGAGCUGCAACCUCAAAUCCGCAUCCCAGCACAAAUGGGUCAGCAUGCUUAUUUUCUGAUUAUCUUCUCACAGGGUGUUUGAAAGUGGUGCAGAAGAGACCAGAAAAUGGCUCCAGUGAUUUCUUACUGGCUGAAUUUAGAAAAGUUCCUGUGAGCGCCCGUGCGUGUGAUUCGGAGCUUUCCUCAACCACGAUGAGCGCGAUGGUGACUCAGUUAAGUGCUUGGAGAGAGCAAACCUCUGUCUUUCUGUUGGCCUAUUCUUGUUUUAUCUCUGCAUGAGCGCUAUUUAAUAUAGAACAACGCACGUAUCUCAGUUAUCGGUAGUGAGUGAAACUGGAUAAACAUGCUAAGUUUUACACUGCUUGCUGAUUUCAGACUGAUUUUUUUAUUCGAAAGACAGCUGAAGUCCUCCAGCAUCCUCUUUGGGUUAAUCUGUGCUUUACUUUUUUUUUUUUUUUAAAGCUUGCACAGAUAUUACCUAUCUUCUUUUAAAAUACAUAAGUAGAUAUCAAAUUGAUGCACUUGUUUUUAAUAAGGGCCUGGUUCCUGGUAUGUGUUUUACAAGUGCUAAUCUUGGUUAAGAAGAUAAACAGCUGUGAUAGCAGUUCCUAUAACAUGAAGAGUGUUAAAGUUUGUCUUAUGUUAAUGACACUAGCACAGUGGACAAAAUUAUUUUUAAUGGAUGAUUAAGAUUAAAACCUCUUCAUACUC